AUUAAACUUGCUCUCCCUCUCCAGGCGGCCGGCAACGCGGUGAAGAGAGCCUCUGACAAUCUGGUGAAGGCGGCGCAGAAGGCGGCCGCUUUCCAAGACCAUGAGAAUGAGACGGUGGUGGUCAAGGAGAAGAUGGUGGGGGGGAUCGCGCAGAUCAUUGCUGCGCAGGAGGAGAUGCUGCGCAAAGAGCGGGAGCUGGAGGAAGCGCGCAAGAAGCUGGCCAUGAUCCGGCAGCAGCAGUACAAGUUCCUGCCUUCAGAGCUGCGGGACGAGGGGCAGAACUGAGGGGCUGAGAUCCCCCCCCUUAGGCCUCUGCUGCCGCCGCCCCCUAUUUAAUGCCACCCCUGCCUCAGCAACAAUGGCGAGUGGGACCUCCUUCCUGCACCCAAGAACUGCUCCCUGUUGCUCACGGCUGCCGCACAGCCCACGCCCACUCGCUGCACAAGCCCCGAAGACCUGCUGUCUCAUCCUGGGGGGCCGUGUAGGUCCGGACUGCC